AUGGUCAGAUUCACUUCAAACCAAUCGGGCAAGCCAACCCCUUCCAUCAGCUGUGAUACAGCGUCACCAGUGUUGACGGGAAACACUGUUACCCUGACAUGUGACAUGGGCCAGUCUACUGGAUGGAGUUUCUACUGGUACAAAGACACCCAGUCCUCUACUCCUGUGGCCCAGACUGGUGGAAACUCCUACAGGAUCAGCUCUGCUAAAGUGUCUGAUGGAGGACAGUACUGGUGCAGAGCUGGGAGAGGAGACCCAGUCUACGACACACAUUACAGCAAUGAGAUAUUGGUGACAAUCAGGGAAAGUCCCAAAGCUGUUGUGACUCCUCUGACCAAUUGGACCGAUGUGUUCCAUGGAGAGAAUUUUGUCCUCAGAUGUGACAUACCAGACGCUGAUAAUGAAUGGAAGUACACAUGGUAUGUCAAUAAACUUGUGCUCAAAGGAGACGCGUCAAGCCCAGUGUACAGCAUCAUCCAAGCUGAUCAGACCCACAGCGGAAACUACAGCUGCAGGGGAACACACAGUAGAGACUCGCAGACUUCGGAGAUCAGCGGAGACAUCAGAGUUAGUGUGUCAGAAAAAGCAACAUCAGUUCUCAGAGGACCUGCACAGCCCUGGCUUGCUGAAGGAGACUCAGUGACUCUGAGCUGUGAGGUCAGCGGCUCCUCUGCAGGCUGGACAUUCCACUGGUACAAGACUGCCCCCUACAGGCCUGGGUUGAAAUAUGUGUCUCAUGAAAACACACCUAACUAUGUAGAGCUUCUCCCAGACAGCAGCAGAGGAGCUGGAGGCUCCUACACUCUCAGCCCUGCUGCUCUCAGACACACAGGAGUCUAUGUGUGCAGAGCAGAGAGGGGAGAGCCAGCCUAUCAGACAGAGUUCAGCCAAUGGCAGCCUCUAUGGGUGACAGGCCAUCCUCGGCUGCCCUUGCCAGUUGUUUUCCCCAAUAAAACUCAACAUUUCUGGUCAAAGUCCCUCUCCCUGAGCUGUGAAGGGAUUCUCGAGUCAUUUGGAUGGAAACUGAGAUGGUUCCCAGGGAGCAUGGGGCGGGAAAGGUGUCCCAGUCUUUGGACAGAAAGUGGAUCCACCUGCAGCACCAGCUACACCUCUUCGUCAGACUGUGGAGUUUACUGGUGCCAGUCUGAGUCUGGAGAGCAGAGCAAUCCUGUCAACAUCACUGUACACAGUACUAGAAAUGCGAUCCUGGAGAGUCCUGUCCAUCCUGUGGCUAAGGGAGAUCCUCUGACUCUGCGCUGUAGAUAUCACCGCCAGCCUUUAGACAUCAGCGCUGACUUCUAUAAAGAUGGGACACUCCUCCACACCUCCAGCACAGGAGAACUGACCAUCCCUGCAGUCUCAAAGUCACACGAGGGCCUCUACAAGUGCAGAAACCCAGAGAAAGGAGAGUCACCAGUGAGCUGGAUCGCAGUAAAAGGUAAUGUUAAAAAGGCACAAGGAAAUAUUUUUAAAAAAAUAAUAAUUUUGUGA